CCUUCAACAACCUCCACCAAGGUGCCAUCACCCAUAGACGAGUUUCCAGUCUUUCUGAAGGACGAAAGAGAUCUCAAAGACCCCGUCAUCAGUGUAACGUAUGACGACUCCAGUAAUGGCCGGGUAUCACCUCUGGAUACACCUGUAGCACCUUCCGCGUCAUCAUCCCGCCAUAACUCCAAGCACAUCUCUGUGAACUCUCGCAGCGAACUACUGGCUACUGAGAGCUGGCUUACUCAGAGCAUGGAGAAAGUUCCACAGAUCCCCACCAUUUACACUGAUGGACGCCGUAACUCAACGAAUUCUCUGUUGCUCCAAGCAGCAGGGAAACUGGAACCUUAUGAAGCUCUGGGAAACGUGUUUGUAGAGCACAUGGCCCCACCUCCGUCAACGCCAGGUCCACAGCACCAGGAACUUAGGAUCGGCGGUUUUCAUGAGGCCCUGUUCAUCGGCGUCGUUGUAAUGGCGCAAUUCAUGUGUCUUGCAGGUCUGGGUCAAGCAAUCGCCCCAGUCAAAAUCAUAGCCUCUGGAUUGGGUGUGAAUAACCCCGGUCAAGAAGCAUGGUUCUCAGCCGCGUACAGUCUCACCACUGGUACAUUUAUCCUGAUCGCCGGCCGGCUAGGUGACAUUCUCGGACACAAACGCGUGUUUGUGUUCGGGUACCUGUUUCUUGGAAUCUGGUCCGGAUUUGCCGGGUUCAGUGCUUACGUCGGCAGGCAGAUCUUUUUCGACGUCUGCAGAGGUAUGCAAGGUAUUGGCAGUGCGUUACUGGCUCCCAAUGCUCUCGCACUGCUUGGCCGCGCUUACCCUCCUGGCAUCAAGAAGAAUCUCACCUUUGCGUUGUUUGGCGCCAUGGCACCUUGGGGAUUUGUAAUCGGUGCGCUCUUCGGAGCUCUCUUCUCGCAGACCACGUGGUGGCCCUGGACUUUCUGGAGCUAUGGUGCCGCAGCAUUCGCCCUGUCAGCAUUCUCACUGCUCGUCGUGCCUAAACAAUUAGCCAAGGAGGCUCAAUUCGCUGGCGUCACCACUGUACCUGGAUUUGACUGGACGGGUAGCGCGCUGGGUGUCAUCGGCUUGGUACUCGUCAACAUCGCCUUCAACAACGGACCCUUGUACGGAUGGUCAACGCCCCAUGUAUACUUUAUCCUCAUCAUCGGGGUCCUGGUACUGGUAGCAUUCCUCUGGGUCGAGCGUCGUGCUGAUAACCCGCUCUUGCCUGUGUCCGCCUUCAACGGAACAGUAACUUACACCAUGGCUUUGAUCGGCAUAGGUUGGGGCAGCUUCGGCAUCUGGAUCUACUACUCAUGGCGCUUCCUUGAGGAGUUCCGCCAUCUGACACCGCUCAACGUCUCUGCACAGUUCACACCCGCCUUGGUGUGCGGACUCAUCGCUGCAGGUGCCACCGGUUUCAUGCUCACGCACACACCCGUGUCUUUUACAAUGCUGAUCGCCAUGCUGGCCUUUUGUGUCGGCCAAGCAAUCUCGGCCUUUAUGCCUGUCCAUCAGUCGUACUGGCCGCAGAUGUUUGUGUCCAUUUUGAUCAUGCCCUUUGGUAUGGACAUGUCUUUCCCUGCCGCCACUGUCAUUCUCUCCAACCACAUGCCUCGUGAGCAUCAAGGUCUCGCUGCUUCGCUGGUCAAUACAAUGGUCAAUUACUCCAUCUCCUUGGCGUUGGGGAUCGCCGGCACGGUCGAAGUGUCGGUCAUGGCCCAUGACGGUACGCUCGAAGACGCGAUAUGGGGUGUCCGAUGCGCUUUCUUCACCGGUCUCGCUCUUGCCGGUUGUGGAGUUUUGCUCGGCGUGUCGUACUUUAUAAAGUCGAUGAUCAAGGAAGGCUGGAAGGUAGCGCAGCAUUAA